AUGUCUACGUUGAAAGUUGUUUCAUCGAAGCUUGCAGCUGAAAUCGAUAAAGAAUUGAUGGGUCCUCAAAUCGGAUUCACUUUACAACAGCUAAUGGAAUUAGCUGGGUUUAGUGUCGCACAGGCUGUAUGCCGCCAGUUUCCACUGAGAGGUAAGACUGAAACGGAGAAGGGCAAACAUGUAUUUGUUAUUGCUGGCCCAGGUAAUAAUGGCGGGGAUGGCCUCGUAUGCGCAAGACAUUUGAAGCUUUUUGGUUACAACCCUAUUGUUUUCUACCCCAAGAGAAGCGAGCGCACUGAAUUUUACAAACAGCUGGUUCACCAGUUGAACUUCUUCAAAGUUCCUGUGCUGUCCCAAGAUGAGGGAAACUGGUUGGAAUAUUUGAAGCCAGAAAAGACCUUAUGUAUUGUGGAUGCAAUAUUUGGUUUUAGUUUCAAGCCUCCCAUGAGAGAACCGUUCAAGGGUAUUGUAGAAGAACUGUGCAAAGUGCAAGAUAUUAUCCCAAUCGUUUCAGUGGACAUCCCUACAGGCUGGGACGUUGACAAGGGUCCGAUCGCGCAGCCCUCAAUUAACCCUGCCGUUCUUGUAUCUUUAACUGUCCCCAAGCCGUGCAGCACUCACAUCAGGGAGAACCAUACAACUCAUUAUGUGGGGGGAAGAUUCAUUCCUCGAGAUUUCGCAAAUAAAUACGGCUUUGAGCCAUUUGGAUAUGAAUCCACUGACCAAAUAUUAAAACUUUGA